CCCAUGGCAUGUUCUAUGUGAAGCUGACACCCUUGAGGCUCCAUGGUAUCCGUAUACAUCGAGUUUAAACAAACCACGGGAAGGACGCAAACCAAAACAAACGGUUACUGCCUUUACAAGUUCAAGAAAACUCGAAGCUCUGCCAUCCAUAUCGAAGCUGAAGACCAACCUGCAAAUAUCACAGUCCGAUUACAGCAUUUUGACACGCCGAACAAUCCUGGUGGUAGCUACCUGCCCCUCGGAUGGCAACAAGAUGGAACGAUUUACUUUGUGCUCUCUGGUGUUGAGGGUCAAUAUUCUUCCAGCAAUCCUCCUCGUGAUUGGAUGCAGCAAAAUCUGUCAAAACUUGGUUCAAGACCUCUUCACAAGAUAUGUAUGCCUGGCACUCAUGAAGCUGGAAUGGGGAUCUUAUCUCGCAGUGAAGCUCUUCCCAGAGAUAUCAUGGCACAUUUCGCUCAAACGCAGUCCUUGAAGAUCCUUGGGCAGCUUGAGAUGGGCUCACGAUAUUUGGACAUUCGACCAUGCAUCUCCAGUGGCGAAUUCUGGGCCGGCCACUACGAUGGAAAACUGGGAGCACGAGGCCAGAAAAUAUCAUCAAUCAUCAAGGACAUCAAUCAAUUCACGGCACAAUGCGCCGAAUUGAUCAUUUUGAACCUAUCCGGUGGCCUACAGUUCGACAAGGGAUUCAGACAGCUCAAGCAAUCAGAAUGGAGCCUCCUCCUAGUGGAACUCAUGGACUUGGACCACCGCUUUAUCAGUACUGGACAUGAGGUUCAAAUCCUCCAUAUUCCUAUUCAAUUUUACAUUAUAAUUAAUUUGUUAUAUAAUAAACAAUGCUUAAAAAAAAGGCAGAUAGUAAAAAUUUUCUACAUAUAA